AUGGAAAGGGAGGUGCAACUGAUGGAGGGGAGGCCGCAGGCGUGGCCGCUCCACAUGAUGGGGAUGGCGCCCGCUGGUCCGACCACCAGCUGCUUCGACGACUACAGCAGCAGUAGCAGCGGCGGCGGCGGCGGCGGCGGCGGCGGCGACGGCUUCGUGCUCGGGUGGGAGCAGCUAGCGGCGCCGCCGUUCGGUUGCUUCGGGCUCCUCGCCGCCGACGUCCACGACCUCUUCCCGCUCUUCGCCGCAGGCAUGGAGCCGCCGGCGCUGCCCGCCCCGCCGCCGUCGGCAAACGACGUGGCCGCCGCAAUCCCCGGCGAGCUGGACGACCUUCUCCUGAACUUCUGGGACGCGAGCUGCCACGACGGCGACGUGGGCGAGCCGCUCAAGGCGCAGCAGCCGCAGAAGCAGGCCGCCUUCAAUUCCAGCUGCGUCACGCACGAGCAGGACUACUGCACCCCCACCACCAACUCCUUCCUCCACUAUGAUGAUGAUGGCGAUGAUCCCUUGAGCUCGAUUUUCUCGGCGGGUCCCGCGCCGGCACUGGCAGCGGAGAGAGUGGUGUUCCAGCAGCAGGCCCCCGCCGCAGAGGCAGAGCACCUCCCCAGCUCGUCCUCCUCCAACUGCCGCGGGGACCCGCGCGCCGGCGGGGUCGACCUCCAGCUGCAGCUGGAGGGGCAGGGGCAGGGGCAGGGCGCCGCGUGGGCGCGGACCCCGCCGCUGCCGAGGAGGACCUCCACGUCCGCCCCCUCGCUGAAACGCGCGACACGCGAAGAGUCGUCGGCGGCGGCGGCGGAGUGCAGCAGCCAGAGCGACGGCGGCAGCAACAAGCGGCGGAAGGCGGCCGCGGCCGCGGGGGUGGUGUGCCCGUUCGCGCUGCUCAAGCCCGACGGCCUGGACGGCGGCGCGACGCUGGCGGACAUCAACGCGCGCAUCCUGAUGCGGCCGGCGCGCCCCGUCCGGCACCCCGUGGGCGAGUUCGCGUGCGCGCCGCGCGUGUCCGCGGACCAGCCGGGCAUCUCGGGCAAGGCCGUCGCCAGCUUCACGCGCCUGCACACCCCAGGGCGCGGCACCAUCACCAUCAUAAGGACGCGAGAGGCUAGCUAA